AUGUCUGUCGCAGUAAACGAGGGCGAGGACGCGAUGGACGCGUCUGAUGACGCCCUCAAGGGGUUCGUGCUGGAAAAGGUGUUGGAUCAAGGCAAGUGGGACCCGCGCUCUAGGACCGCUUCCUUGCUAGGUAGGCUGGACGAUCGCGCAGCCAUCUUGCUCCUGGAAAAGACGCACUUUGAGCCGAGCUUCUUCGAAGAGGUUGGAUCUGAGCGUCUCUUCUCCCAGCUGAGAGACAUUGGACAGAACGACGUCUAUCGCUGGUUGUUGGGCUGGAGGAGGAGGAGGAGCUUGCACGAUGCAGCGAGUGCAUCCAACAGCUCCAACAACGCGCGCGCUCCGGCAGACUUUAAGAUGACGUUGAUACACCCGGCGUCCGAAACGCAUGUGGCCAAGUAUAGCGUCCAGAGCCGCUUCAUGAUCAACGAAACGCCCGAAUUGUACGAAAAGAUCGUCUUGCCAUUCAUUCUCAGUCAGCCAUCGUCGAGGAUACAGUGGGUGUACAACAUCCUCGACAAGAAGAAGGAGGCAGAUUCGAUCAUCUACGAGGAUCCGGACCCCGAGACAGGCUUCGUGCUCUUGCCAGAUCUCAAGUGGGACCGCAAAACGACAUCUUCCCUUUACUUGGUUGCGAUCGCCCACGACCGGUCCUUGCGCAGUCUUCGAGAUCUUCGACCGCAAACAGAGACUCCCGCACAUGCCCGCUUACUGCGCAAGGUGCAAUCGGCCGCAGCUACAGCCGCAAGAGGCACAUACGGACUCGACAAGGAGGGCGCUUCGGGUAUCAGGUGCUUUCUGCACUACCAACCCACAUACUACCACCUGCACAUUCACAUCCUCUCAGCUGACCACACAUCACACCCGGGAUCCAUCGUUGGGCAAGCGCACCUGCUCGACGACGUGAUUGAUCUUCUGACGCUCGGGGUAGAUUUCAGGAAACGCACCUUGACCUAUGCGCUGGGAGAGCGAAGCGAGCUGCUGGCUCUCAUAAAGACCUCUGGCGCUCUCUCACCGUGA